GUCGAUAGCAAACGUGCAGCAUGAGCGCCAGGCAGGUGUGGUCGCGGACGAAGACGUUUGUCUGUUGGGAUGA